CUCUCUCCUCUGUGCCUCCCUUGUUCUCCACUUCAACAGAUUGACACAGAGAGAGAGCGAGAGAGAGAGAGAGAGAGAGAGAGAGAGAGAGAGAGAAAUAUCAGAGGACCAGAGAGAAACUAUAAAUACACUCACAGUAGAGAGAGGAAGGAGAUGGUGGAUGAUUUCAUGGUCUGUGUUGACAGAAUCAUUGCCUCAGCUUGCUUUGAGACAGUCAAUGGAGAAAGAGGCAGGAACAUUGAAGCAACUCCGAAGAAUGAGACUGUUGUUUCUGUAAAAAGUAAUGGUGAAGGGUCUUCUUCUUUGAAGAAAGUGAAAGAGAUGGUGGAAUGCAGGAUAUGCCAGGAAGAAGACGAUGUCCACUCAAUGGAGGCUCCUUGUGCCUGCAAUGGCACCCUCAAGUUUGCUCAUAGGAAGUGCAUUCAGAGAUGGUGCAACAAGAAAGGCAAUAUCACCUGUGAAAUCUGCAACCAGGUCUUCUCACCCAAUUAUUCUGUUCCACAAGCCCACAGCAAUCCCGAUGUUAUCGCAAUUGAUAUCAGGCAAGCAUGGCGUGAGUCGCAGCUUCUAGCUCUAGCAGCUGCUGAGCGUCAGUUACUCCAAUCAGAGUAUGAGGAUUAUGCUGUUGCUAAUACAAGCAGCAUUGCUUGUCUUCGAUCGAUUGCUCUAAUUCUUCUGGUAGUUUUGCUCCUAUUCCAAGCUCUACUGGUUACGAGAGAUGCUGGGAUGGUGCAGGAGUCAUCGACACUCUUCAACUUUCAGGUUUCUCUUCUUCGAUUUGCCGGCUUUCUUUUGCCUUGCUAUGUGAUGGCCCGAUCAUGCUACAUUGUACAAAGCCGAAGGAGACAGGGCUAAGUGUACCAUUGUUGAUACCAUCUUCAUCUGCUUCAAGGGGACAGAGACUGUUCUUCUCUUUUUUGCUUUCUCUUCAUGCUUGGGAUGGGCAAUCUCUAUUUGCCCAUGGAAAUAGAAAAUUUCCCAGUUGUAUUUAAGUUGAAAGGUGUCAAAAUUAAUCUGAAAAUUUGUUCAAGUAUUAGGAUUUGGAGAACUCAAAAUAGAAAAUGUAAAUGAGAAAAGAGAACUGUGAGUUCUCCAGGUGUUUUUCUUUUAUAUUUGCUGUGUAUGCAUUUUAGAGCUCGAUCAUGCUGUAAACUUUUUUGCAAAGUGUGGUGAAAAUUGGCCUAAAAUCUGUGAUUCCA